GACAACUCAAUGAUCUUUAUUCAAAAUGCCAGAUCCACCAAAAACGGAGGUGGCUUCUCAACCAGAAAACGCCUGCGAGUGUCCAACAGCUCAGUUGUGAGCCUUAAGAACGUGACCGCUGGAAGUCAUGGAGGAGCUUUCACUGCCCUUGGAGAUGUUGAGAUAGCUGGCCACUCGACGGUCAACAUUUCCAACAGUCAAGCUGAAUCAGGAGAUGGAGGAGGUUUUGACACGGAAAAGGGCUUGAAAUUGUCCACCGGCUCAAGGCUCAUCAUUUGGAAUGCGACUGCUGGAAAUAAUGGAGGAGGUUUCAAUGCCUUUGGAGAGGUUGAGAUAGCUGGGAAUUCGACAGUCAAGAUUUCCAACAGUCGCGCUGAAUCAGGAGAUGGAGGAGGUUUUAACACUGGAAAGGGCUUGAAGGUGUCCACCGGCUCAAGGCUCAUCAUUCGGAAUGCUACUGGAAAUUAUGGAGGAGGUUUCAAUGCCUUUGGAGAGGUUGAGAUAGCCGGGAAUUCGACAGUCAAGAUUUCCAACAGUCGAGCUGAAGCAAAAAGUGGAGGAGGUUUCAACACUGGAAAGGGCUUGAAGGUGUCCACCGGCUCAAGGCUCAUCAUUUGGAAUGCGACUGCUGGAAAUAAUGGAGGAGGUUUCAAUGCCUUUGGAGAGGUUGAGAUAGCUGGGAAUUCGACAGUCAAGAUUUCCAACAGUCGAGCUGAAGCAAAAAGUGGAGGAGGUUUCAACACUGGAAAGGGCUUGAAGGUGUCCACAGGCUCAAGGCUCAUCAUUUGGAAUGUGACUGCUGGAAAUAAUGGAGGAGGUUUCAAGGCCCUUGGAGAUGUUGAGAUAGCUGGCCACUCGACGGUCAACAUUUCCAACAGUCAAGCUGAAUCAGGAGAUGGAGGAGGUUUUGACACGGAAAAGGGCUUGAAAUUGUUCACCGGCUCAAGGCUCAUCAUUUGGAAUGCGACUGCUGGAAAUUAUGGAGGAGGUUUCCUUGCCAUGGGAGAGGUUGAGAUAGCUGGAAAUUCGACAAUCAACAUUUCCAACAGUCGCGCUGAAUCAGGAGAUGGAGGAGGUUUUAACACUGGAAAGGGCUUGAAGGUGUCCACCGGCUCAAGGCUCAUCAUUUGGAAUGCUGCUGGAAAUAAUGGAGGAGGUUUCAAUGCCUUUGGAGAGGUUGAGAUAGCUGGGAAUUCGACGGUCAAGAUUUCCAACAGUCGAGCUGAAGCAAAAAAUGGAGGAGGUUUUGACGCUGAAAAGGGCUUGAAGGUGUCCAACGGCUCAAGGCUCAUCAUUCGGAAUGCGACUGCUGGAAAUUAUGGAGGAGGAUUCUUUGCCAAUGGCAAGACCUUGAUCAGCAGGUCCACCAUCAGCAUUCAAAAUGCCACGGCCCGGCAACUUGGUGGAGGGUUUUGUGCAUCUGAUGGAGUUGUCAUCGAUGAGAUGUCAAGCGUCAGCAUUUCCACUUCAAGAUCGAGAUUUGGCGGAGGCUUCCAUACGUCCAGACGCUUGCAGGUGACCAACAGCUCAGCUGUCAGCCUUCAGAACGUGAUUGCGCAAGGGUCUGGAGGAGGUUUCUUUGCCUUUGGAGAGGUUGAGAUAGCUGGGAAUUCGACAGUCAAGAUUUCCAACAGUCGAGCUGAAGCCAAAAAUGGAGGAACGGGUGGAGGUUUUGACGCUGAAAAGGGCUUGAAGGUGUCCAACGGCUCAAGGCUCAUCAUUCGGAAUGCGACUGCUGGAAGCCAUGGAGGAGGAUUCUAUGCCAUAGGCAAGACGUUGAUCAGCAGUUCCACAGUCAGCAUCGAAGAUGCCACGGCCCAGCAGUACGGUGGAGGGUUUUGUGCUGCAGGUGAGGAGGUUGUCAUCGAUGAGAUGUCAAGCGUCAGCAUUUCCAAUUCAAAAUCGGGAUGGGGCGACGGCGGAGGCUUCCAUACGAACAGACGCUUGCAGGUGACCAACAGCUCAUUUGUCAGCCUUCAGAACGUGACUGCGCAGAAGUAUGGAGGAGGUUUCAAUGCCAUUGUAGAGGUUGAGAUAGCCGGGAAUUCGACAGUCAAGAUUUCCAACAGUCGAGCUGAAGCAAAAAGUGGAGGAGGUUUCAACACUGGAAAGGGCUUGAAGGUGUCCACCGGCUCAAGGCUCAUCAUUUGGAAUGCGACUGCUGGAAAUCAUGGAGGAGGUUUCAAUGCCUAUGGAGAGGUUGAGAUAGCUGGGAAUUCGACAGUCAAGAUUUCCAACAGUCGAGCUGAAGCAAAAAGUGGAGGAGGUUUCAACACUGGAAAGGGCUUGAAGGUGUCCACCGGCUCAAGGCUCAUCAUUUGGAAUGCUGCUGGAAAUAAUGGAGGAGGUUUCAAUGCCUUUGGAGAGGUUGAGAUAGCUGGGAAUUCGACAGUCAAGAUUUCCAACAGUCGAGCUGAAGCAAAACAUGGAGGAGGUUUUAACGCUGAAAAGGGCUUGAAGGUGUCCACUGGGUCAAGGCUCAUCAUUCGGAAUGCAACUGCUGGAGUGUCUGGAGGUGGAUUCUUUGCCAAUGGCAAGACCUUGAUCAGCAGGUCCACCAUCAGCAUUCAAAAUGCCACGGCCCGGCAGUUUGGUGGAGGGUUUUGUGCAUCUGAUGGAGUUGUCAUCGAUGAGAUGUCAAGCGUCAGCAUUUCCAAUUCAAGAUCGAGAUGGGGCGGUGGCUUCUCAACCAGCAAACGCCUGCGAGUGGCUAACAGCUCAGCUGUCAGCCUUCAGAAUGUGACCGCUGGAAGUCAUGGAGGAGGUUUCCUUGCCUUUGGAGAGGUUGAGAUAGCUGGAAAUUCGACAAUCAACAUUUCCAACAGUCGCGCUGAAUCAGGAGAUGGAGGAGGUUUUGACACUGGAAAGGGCUUGAAGGUGUCCACCGGCUCAAGGCUCAUCAUUCGGAAUGCGACUGCUGGAAAUUAUGGAGGAGGAUUCUUUGCCAGGGGCAAGACCUUGAUCAGCAGGUCCACCGUCAGCAUUCAAAAUGCCACGGCCCGGCAACUUGGUGGAGGGUUCAGUGCUGAAGGAGUCGCAGUUAUCCAGGAUUCUACAGUGGCCUUGUUCAGCGCCCAUGCAUCAGCAGAUGGUGGUGCCUUUUCCGUGUUUGGUUUGACUUUGCGCAGAAGUUCAAUGUCCAUCGGCAACUCCACUGCAGCCGGAUCAGGCUCCGGAGGUCGUGCAGAUGGUCAAGUGCUGCUUUCAGCACAGUCUACUUUGGUGGUGAAACAUGCCCAAGGUCUCGACAAUUCCAGCGUGCUGGCAGCAAGCUGCCUCCACCUGCGUGACCAGUCACAAAUUCUGUUUGAAGAUGCCCUUGGUGGCCACGGGGUGGAGCUGCAAAAUAGUGGAUGCUCUGCCGUUUGCUCCAACAGCACGUUCCAUGUUGCAGAGGAUGCAGCCCUGAACGCCAGUGGUCGCUUGAGCUCCGGUCUUCUCUCCCUUGCAGCCUGCCCGAAGGAGCAGGUACGUCUGUCAGGCAUCCACCUGCACUCCUGGUCCAGCGCGUUGCUCAGCACCCGCCCAAGCUCCGUGGUGGUUGACCAAGUGAGUGUCGAGUACAAACCACCGGUCAACAAUUUGCAGGUCCUGGCAGCCAAGGACGGCUUCGAGAUCGACUCUUUGACGGUUUCCUGCCGGAACUGCGCCUGGGGCAUCACUUUCAAUGCCACAAAGGACAGUAGUCUCAAAGCCGUGAGCUCUGAACACCUCCGGUGCCCCAAGACAGCCACAGCGUCGAAAGGCUUGACGCCACGUUGCAAGUGUUCCAACUACCAGAUUGCAAAAGAGCGUUUCCGUGAUGUCGACGUGGUGCCAUUGGAACACAUUUUCCAGACGUGCACGUUCUGUGAGCCACACUUCCACUUUCAGAAUGACGAUUGUCAGAAAUGUGGAAUCUUCAAUGCCUGGUCUGACGGGAGGAAGGAUGUUUGCCAUGUUCUGCCAAGCAAGAAGACAGAGCUUAUCACACUCUUGACUGGUGCAGCUGUCGUCGUCAUUUUGACCUUCUUUGCGUUCGAGAUUUUGCAUGCUCCCUUGAUGAUCACUGAUGCGAAGUCAGAUUUGGCAGACCCAACACAAGCUGAAAGCAAGAGAACUUUCACGCUUGCAGUGCAAGGGCCAAUUGUUGAUCUUCACAAAAGCCUGUCUCGAUUGGUGAACCAGCGGGUGCGUUAUCGGGCAAAGGGAACGGGGUUGAUAUGGCUAGAUUAUGACCAGAAGAAGUCCAACGCAAUCAAAGUGCGCAAUAUUGCACGCAGAAAGCUUUUGCUGCAAGACACAAAUGCACCAUUUGAUUGUGCUUCGUGCAAGGGAUCUUUGCACGCCACUGAUAUUUUUUACCUGCUCAGCCUGCUCACUGUAUGCAUAUUAGUUGGUGCAUUGCUGCCUGCCAUCAUCAAGGUGGCAGUCACAUCCGGAAACGGAGUGGGCCACGUUUUCGUUACAGCAAUUUACGUGACCCUUCCUCUGGUCGCUGCUGCUGCACUUCUGCAUUUCCCGGUCGCAUGGCUCAUCCAACGGCUAUAUCGUAGAACGUCAUUUUCGGAGGCUCUGGAUGAUUACCGGAAGCAGAUCAACUGCAAGCCAUUCACGGGGCCUGACGCAAUCCAUCCUCGCAACCAGGGAUUAGAAGCGCUGACUCUACGCAGGUUGUGGAAGCACUUCGAGAGCUUUAUUCUGGAGCGCAAUAUGCACUUUGUGGUUGCCAACAUAGUAACGCCCCUGACGCAAAGCAAGGGAGUUUCCUUUGUAACUCUUUGGGGUGGCAGGCGGGUGGAUUAUUUUGUGUCCCAUUCCUGGGGCACCAGCUUUCCGCACUUUGUGCAGUCUAUCCAGUGCCAUGCUCUGUCCAAAGAGGGCCCCACUUCUUGGAUCGAUGCAGCAUAUUGGAUCUGUUCGUUUGCAAACAACCAGUGGAACAUUGGAGCUGACUUGGGAAAUGAUCCCAUGGAGAGCGCCUUUGCACGGACCUUGACUGCGGGAAUCAAAGGAGUUGCAAUGGUAUUGGAUCAGGAAGUGCAACCUCUCACAAGAGUUUGGUGUCUGUUCGAAUUUCUCCUGUCCAGCCGUCAGCACUUGGAAUUGGUUUUUGUCACCAAUGCCGGCGUUGUGGGUGACGAUGGCUGCAGCUCCUUUGACAUUGCGUUGGAGGUGGGCAAUAAGAUAGAGUCUCUGCAAGUUGCCAACUGUGGGGCAUCUUCCGAGAAGGAUAAGCAACUUGAUUUCAACCAAGUUUUCACGUCUCAUGUUUUAUGGAUUUGUUUAUGA